AUGCCGAGUAGAAACUGCAGAAUCCUGCCUAAUAUAGGCCCCUUCACAGCAAGACAAGUUUACGAUAAUCUCCCUCUAGCUCAAGGUUCUCAGUGCAUACGAGUGCUUGAUGUUCACAAGAGUGAUCCAGCCGAUAGUGAUCGACUCACAGGCACAUUACGCACAGUUGAUCUACGGGCUCUACUCAAGUUCACUGCGCUUUCGUAUGUUUGGGGCCAAGGUUCUUACCAUAAGAUUGCCUGCAACGGUUGCGAUAUCAACAUCACACAAUCCUGUUAUGAGGCAUUGACGUCCCUUCGAGAAUCGUGCCAGUCACUGACAAUCUGGGUUGAUGCAAUAUGCAUCAACCAGGAGGAUAACAGCGAGAAAGAGCAACAGAUUGUGUUGAUGGGCAGUAUCUACGCAUUGGCCGAAAUCGUUUAUGUUUGGCUGGGUGUCGGUAAUAUGGAAACCGAUCAGGCUGCCGAAUAUAUCUACACCAUCUCACAGUUUCGCAAAUUCCCGGCCCAGAUACCGCUAACUCGCAAUUAUCCACGUCGAAAUAUUUUGGAACGUCUUGCUGAGAUUGGUCGAUAUACAUUGCCCCUUGUCUUUCGAACCUGGUGGAUUGCGCCGUAUGUUGACAACCGAUAUCAUCGAGGUAAACUCAAUUGGUUCUGUGAGACCAUUUCAUUUGAAAGGUUCAUAUAUGCAGAUCAAAUUGAGCAAUUAUCUAGCCUUCCAUUUCUCAGCCAAGAUGUAAUCAAUACACUGCUGGAUCAUACCUGGCUUUCUCGCGCCUGGACAUUUCAGGAAAUGACGCUCGCCUCAAAUCCCGUUCUUGUUUGUGGAAGACAGCACAUUCCCUGGCUGGUUAUGCAUCAAGCCCUGACAUUCAUCGAGCAUUCGGCAACGCAGGCAUUGAUGGAUCCCGUCAACGGUGUAGUCAGCGAGGCUCAGCGACGAGUACACGAUGAAGUAUCCCACUCAGGCUCGUUCAAAAAAUGGCAAGCUCUUUUCGAUGUCUGGCAGACUAUUCCCCGUCAUUCCAGGCGGAGUAACUACUGGCAGAGUCCGGGGCAGGAUAGCAGCUGGUCAGUCUAUGAGUGCGUUCAGAAUUUAAAAAUGACCAGGAUUUUUGAGUUCAAACGCCUUGUUCAGUUGGGCCUGUAUAUGCUUAUACCAAUUUCUAUGAUCUUCGUCUUCAUCCCGUUUUUUAUGCCUACUCGUUGGUACUUGGUGUUGUUGAGCGUUGAUACAAGUGCUGUUUUCUAUUUCACAGAUCACUUGACAAAGUGCUCAUUUGACUGCAUACAGGGCUCUAAGUCUCGAAUGUACAGUCUGAUCUGCCAUACUGGUCUCCGACCGCAGAAUUAUGUUGUUGCUCUUGCACAUGCUAUCAGAGACCGUAAUUCGAAAUGGCCGCAGGACCGAGUAUAUGCGAUCGAUAGCGUACUGCGGCAGCUCGGCGCACACCCGCCUACCCCUGAUUAUCAGAAACCACUUGGCCAGGUUUAUCGCGAUGCCCUCGUCGGUUUGAUGGAAUGGAAACCCACUCUAAUUACAUUACUCGUUGACUGCGGCUCUCGUCUUCCGGAUACUCCCAGCUGGGUUCCUGACUGGAGCCAAAAUAACAAGACUUGGGUGCCAGACUCCUAUGUCUAUCAUGGCGUGGAAAAGCGGCCAUGGACUGAGCAAGAUUUAGCUCAGUCAGUCUCUGGAAACAUCCUAUCAGUAGAGGCCGCAUGUCUAGGCAUGUCAGAUUACUGCCUGACGCUAGAAAAAAGCGAGGUUGACGAACUCAGGAGCAAUCAAGUGACGACGAAUGGCAAGCUUGUUCAUAAUGUGCAACUUCUGGCUGAAUGGGUUUUAUGUAUCAGAAAGGAUACACUAAUUUUCAGAUUGCAUGACUCUAUACCAUGGACGAUCAGGCUCCUACUGACCGGUCGGCCUAUACUUCGCUCCGAGAUUACCUCGGAACAAGAAGAUACUUUCAGACGUAUGUUUGAGAUAAUAACACAACUGGGUAUCGAACUGGAUAGCAUGCCGGGAGAUACUGCAGCUGUUGCAACAGCUGCAACAAGGGCAUUGGAGGCCAUCUGCCAGAGUGAAGGCUGCAGCAAGCUUUUCCUAGAUACUUGCAAUCGAAUAGCGGGAAGGCGAGGCUUGAUUGUUUCUGACAAUGGCUUGAUUGGAUCAGGUCCAAUUUCAAUGAGACAAGGAGACACUAUCUCCCUAAUCAAAGGUAUUCCAGUUCCAAUGGCGCUGCGGAAGGUCGGCGAGGACUAUCAGGUGCUUGGGCCUGUGUUUAUUGACGGAUUUAUGGGACUUCCUACUGAAACUUCAGGAAGCAUGAAUCUUGACUGGGAGACUUUUAGGCUUGCGUGA